CUCGAAAUUAAACCAAAAGCAACAAAGCGCUGCAUUCUCUGAUUUCAGAUUUUGAGAGACAAGUAGUUCGGACUUCGGGUUCGGAGGUCUUUAGCUUUAGCAAAGAUGAUGAAGGUUUUGCGCCUCUUGUCCUCCUCCAGGAACCAGUUCCCCACUAGAGGUGCUUUAUCAAUGCAUGCUUAUACACAUAGCACCAGCUUUUCAACUGCCAGUAAGAGUUUUUCUGUUAAAGGAACUAGUGCUCAUAAUGUAUUUGCUUCUUUUGAUAUCUUCAAAGGAAAAGCUGCACUCUCUUUGAAUCCUGUUCUCCCAACAUUCACCAAAUUGGAAUCUGGAAAUCUUGUAGUUAGUCGGCGUGGUGUUGUCAUGUUGAAGUUCACUCCUGCCAUUGGCGAGCGCAGGUAUGACUGGGAAAAGAAGCAGGUAUUUGCUUUAUCAGCAACGGAGGUUGGCUCUCUGAUAAGCUUGGGUCCCAAGGAUUCUUGUGAAUUCUUUCAUGAUCCCUCAAUGAAAUCAAGUAAUGCUGGUCAAGUGAGGAAGAGCUUGUCAAUUAAGUGUCAUGCAGAUGGCACUGGCUACUUGGUUUCUUUGACUGUUGUGAACAACCUCCUCAAAACCAAAGAGAAUUUCAUAGUUCCUGUCACAGCUGCUGAAUUUGCGGUUAUGAAGACUGCUUGCAGUUUUGCGCUGCCCCACAUCAUGGGUUGGGAUAGGUUGAUGAGCAAUAUGCCGAGUGGUGUAGGAAGGCAACAAUCAAAUGUAGGAGGGCAACAAUCAAAAGUGGUUCCACAACUUUUGGAUGAGUGGGAUAGAUGAAGUCCACCAGUAAUCUCAUCUAUAUCAAGCUUAAGGAACUUGGACUUGCAAACUUUUGCUACUAGAACCAUGGACUUGCAAGAUUGUGUGCUUUAGCAUGGACUUAUCGUGUAUAGUGUAUUUUGAUCUGUUGCCAAAAGCAUAUUUGACCUGGUGUAGACAUUUUUGGCUUAAGAUGCUCAAGUGACUUUUCAGCAUGUUAUGUAUUUAAGAUAAUACUAGCGGGUUUGAGCUGAUUUCUGGGGAUGUUUUGCUUGCAGCCUUAGAAAUGAAAGGUUCUGAUUAAUGAAUAGGUUUGAUUAGUGUCUAAUUAUACAAUGUUAUUG